AUGGCCUUGCAACUGGAUCUGCCCACGCUGCACGACCUGCGUGUCGUUCUGAACGCAGACUUUCUGGCCGCUCUGGCGGCGCUGCUGCUGCUGGCCGUCAUUCUCGUGCCCCUCUGCUCAUACAUUUCGCUGUAUGCGUGGUCAGCCAUUCUGGCCUUCAAACUGCGAUCCCCGCCGGCAAACUGGGAAAAGAGCAUCGUCAAGGGCGUCCAGGCCAACGGAACAUCCACACUGUUCGGCUUUGGCUUCUGGCAGGCCGCCGCUGUUCGACGACAGCUCAUUCUCCAGUCCAAUGAUCCCUCCUAUUACUCAGUGACACACGUUUCUCGACGUUCCGAAAUCGCCAUCAGCCCCGAAGACAGAAACACCGAGUUCCGCAACCGCGCCCAGGACUCGGGAGCGCCCCGGCGAGUCAUCUACGGCUUCUUCCAUCCCUACGCUAACGCUGGAGGAGGAGGAGAACGUGUGCUGUGGGCUGCAGUCAAAGACACCCUCAUGUACGACGACAACAUCAUCUGCGCCAUCUACUGCGGAGAACAGGAUUUGCCGACCCGAACCUCGCCGUCCACUGUGCUCGACGCGGCCGUCUCAAACUUCCACGUCACCGAACUCGCGGAUAAAGAGCUGCGAAAACGAAUCGUCUUCAUUGGAAUGAGAGGCCGGCGACUAGUGGACCCUAAGACCUGGCCCCGAUUCACACUCAUGAUGCAGGCCGCUGGCUCCGUUUGGAUGGCCUGGCACGGAAUCUCCACCCUGGUCCCCGACGUCUUCGUCGAUACCAUGGGCUACCCUUUUGCCUACCCUCUGGUCUCCUGGGUCACCCAUGUGCCUGUUGCUGCCUACGUCCAUUACCCUGUCAUCUCAAAGGACAUGCUGGCAACCGUUUCUCUCAAACAGUCGCCCGUUCGAGCAGCCCUGGCUGUCGCCAAGCUUGUCUACUGGCGUGUGUUUGCCCUCACUUAUACCUUUGCCGGCUCCUACUGCUCCGUGGUCAUGACCAACUCGUCCUGGACCAACAACCAUAUGCAGCACAUGUGGUGGUACAACCACAAGGCCGAGCACAUCAAGAUUGUCUACCCUCCCUGUGGCACCCAGGCUCUUUCUGAAAUUGCCAUGUCGGAAGAGACCUCUGCCCGAAGCCCUAACAUUGUCUACAUUGCCCAGUUCCGGCCGGAGAAGAGACACGACAUUGUGCUCAGAGAAUUCAACAAGUUCUACAAGGAGUACACCGAAAAGUACCCCAACCAGCCCGCUCCUCACCUGACUUUUGUGGGAACUGUACGAAACGACGACGACAAGUCUAGAGUCUACCUUCUGCGACUCCAGGCACGUGAUCUCGUCAACCCCGACUCGGUGUCGUUUGUGCUGGACGCCCCCUUUGACAAGGUGCGAGACAUCCUGCGAACUGCCUCCAUGGGAGUCAACGCCAUGUGGAACGAGCAUUUCGGCAUUGUCGUGGUCGAGUACAUGUCUGCCGGUCUCAUUCCCGUGGUCCACAACUCAGGAGGGCCCAAGUGCGACAUUGUGGUCCCCUACGAGGGCCAGUCCACUGGCAACAGUGGCACUCUAUCGGCCAUGCCUUCGUCCACAUCCAUUCGAUCUCACUACGAGGCGGUUCCUCCUGGACCUACGGGCUUCCACUUCAACUGUCCUGGCUCCGACCCCACAACCGACUCCGGUCCCAGCUACGACGGCGAGCCUAUUGGCACUCUAGCAGAGACUCUGAUGCGGGCCUUUGAGCUGUCCGAGUCCGAUACACACAACAUGCGUGCACGAGCCCGAGAGUCCGUCAAGAAGCGGUUCUCCAACGAGCAGUUUGGCAGCCACUGGCAGGUGCGAAUGCGAAUUCUCGAGAAGCUGGAGCAGAUCCGACGAGGCCACCGACUGACCCGGGGCGACUUUGACUAA